AGUCCUUGUCCCGCCCUCUUUCCUUCUCAUAGUGUGAAGCAAUAACACCUAUCAAUAUAUAAUGAUCAGUUCAUACCACUGCGCAUGAAGACUUCUUUUUAUUCAAUAUCUCUAUUUUUGAUAUAAAAUAACUCAUUUCAGUGACCAUUUUACUUGAAAACGUUUGUCCAUCAACACGCUGAGUUGCAAUUCUUCACACUAUAACGUUGAAAAUGUCUAUAGAACCAGUAGAUUACAAAAAAGCCAAAUCAAUUUAUGACUUCACCGUCAAUAACAUUAAUGGCGAGCCUGUAUCUUUAGAAAAAUACAAGGGUCACGUUUGUAUCAUCGUUAACGUGGCAUCAGAGUGUGGUUUCACAAAAAAUCACUACGAAGAGCUAGUAGAAAUCUUCGACCAAUACUCUGAUUCGAAUGGUUUGAGAAUUUUAGCUUUUCCCUGUAACCAAUUUGCUGGUCAAGAACCUGGCAAUAGUGCGGAAAUAGUUGAUUUCAUUAAAUCUAAAAAUGUUAAUUUUGAUGUCUUUGAGAAGGUGAACGUUAAUGGAAGCGAAGGGAGUCCCCUCUGGAAGUAUUUGAAAUUGAAGCAAGGGGGCGUCCUUGGUGAUUUCAUCAAAUGGAAUUUCACGAAAUUCAUCAUUGAUAAGGAGGGACAACCAGUGGAGAGGCAUGGGCCCAACACUAGCCCAAAAGAACUUAUAGAAUCACUUGCCAAGUAUUGGUAAAUUAUCAUCAUUCGAAAAUAACACUCAUGAAAUUUAGAUCGCUGGUUUUGUAGUAUUCACACAUAGUUUUUCAUUUAAUGCUGAAUGUAAUUUAUAAAGAAUAUUAUGUAAACAUUUUUCAUUCACAAUUAAAUUAUUAUUACGAGAAAAAUUUGAAUACAACUCUAUUCUUAAACGAAUAAAGAUAAUGAAAUACAGAAACUAAAGCUACGAUGUUAUACAGAGCUCAAAAUGUUAUUGGAAAAUUAGAAAACCAAUGAAGUGAAGUUUUUUUGCGUACUUAUUAAAAAUCCUAUUUAAGUUUUUUUUUCUGAAAAUUUCAUAUGAGAUUUCAAACUGUAGUUCGUGACCACAUUCAGUCUUCUGAACACAAAUCUACAAACAAACAGUAGUAGAUUUUCUCCUUCCGAUAUAUGCCAUUCUCUAUCGAUAGCAUGGAAAUCAUUGAAUGAAAUUUAUCCAUUUUGGAUGAGGUCGAUCCUCUUAUUGAAUAUUAUUUUAGUUUAUCCUUCUUGCCAUAAACUAGAAACCCUUCAAAAAUUUUGCCCUUCUUGUAUCUUCUUGCAACUUAGCUGAAUAGAACCGAAAAAAUUCGAAAUAAAUCUGUCAAAAACAUAUAAAAUGUAGCUUAGAGGAUUGUCACAUCAACAAAAAUUAAUUAAUUUUUCGAUAUGAAAGCUUCAUAACUGAAUUCGAAUAACUCACUUCAUAAGUGGAAUUCAUAAACAAUUAAAAUUUCAGUGGAAUCUAAUGACUAGAUUCUGAGAUAUCGAAAUUUUAAAUCAAAAAAUGAUUUCGAUCACCUAAUUAUACGAUAAUUAUUCGAUAAAUUCUGCUCGACUAUUCAUUAAACUAUUUCGUAACAGGUUUAGAAAUCUCAGUUUUAACGGAUGGUAAUUUGAAAUUUCAUACGAAUAGGUGUAAAUUGUACGUAUUUUGUCCAUUACUUCAACUGAGAUAUUCGAACCUUGAACCUUCCAUGAAAAUUUGGAAUCUUUCACAUUCCGAUCGAUAGUCAUCUGAGUACACUGCGGUCACCUUGCAAGACAAAAUCGAUUUUGAACUCGAAUUCUUCAUCGCUGAGUCGAAUCCAAUCGUUUGAUAACACUCUUAGCUCAAAAUUCAGUUACUGACAUUAGGACAGCAUUUUAUAUACAUAGGUAUAUAUAUUCUUCUGGAAUAAGAGCGCAAAAUGUUCCAUUCCGCAGCAGGA